CCUCAAGGAUUUGGUCUUACGGUAAGGACAGUUGCAGCCGGUCAUUCAUUAACUGAAUUGCAGAAGGAUUUGGAAGGCUUGCUUUCAACUUGGAAAAGUAUAAUUGAGCAUGCAAAGUCAGCAGCUCUUGCCGCAGAUGAAGGUGUUGAUGGAGCAGUUCCCGUUAUGCUUCACCAGGCAAUGGGUCAAACACUCUCUGUUGUUCAGGAUUAUUUUAGCGAUCAGGUGAAGAGUUUGGUGGUUGAUUCUCCAAGGACAUAUCAUGAGGUUACAAACUAUCUUCAAGAAAUUGCACCUAAUCUUUGUGAAAGAGUUGAGUUGUACGGCAAAAGAACUCCGCUGUUUGAUGAAUACAAGAUUGAGGAAGAAAUAGACAACAUUCUCAGCAAAAGGGUUCCCCUUGAUAACGGAGGUUAUCUAGUGAUUGAACAGACAGAGGCUUUAGUCUCCAUCGAUGUAAAUGGUGGGCAUUGUGUGCUUGGUCAAGGGACUUCACAAGAGAUAGCUAUUCUCAAUGUUAACCUUGCAGCUGCCAGACAAAUUGCUAGGGAAAUAAGGCUGAGAGAUAUUGGUGGCAUUAUUGUGGUGGAUUUCAUAGAUAUGUUGGAUGAUUCAAAUAAGAGAUUGGUCUACGAGGAGGUCAAGAAGACUGUUGAGAGAGAUCGAUCAACAGUUAAGGUGUCUGAAUUGUCCAGACAUGGGCUUAUGGAGAUUACAAGGAAAAGAGUUCGACCUAGUGUGACAUUCAUGAUCAGUGAACCAUGUGCAUGCUGUCAUGGGACGGGGAGAGUGGAAGCUUUAGAGACUGCAUACUCUAAGAUUGAACGUGAAAUUUGCCGGCUGCUAUCCACAAUGGAUCAGAAGGCAGACCCUGAAAACCCCAAGUCUUGGCCCAGAUUUAUUCUCAGGGUUGAUCAGUACAUGUCUAACUUUUUGACUUCAGGAAAGAGGACAAGGCUAGCAAUCUUGAGUAGUUCUCUCAAAGUCUGGCUUCUUCUAAAGGUUGCUAGAGGUUUUACAAAGGGGACCUUUGAGCUAAAACCUUUGACAGGUGACAAGGAGUAUAAGAAUGGACAUGAAACUGCUAUUUCAGUGUUACGACCCACAGAGGGUGGAUUUCACCCCCCUCGGAAAAAACUAACCAUUUUUCCCAUCAAAAAGUGGAAGAGUAGCGGAAAGUGAUCUUGCUUCCUUUAAGAAUCAUCUGUACAGGUCUCAAUUCACAAAGAACAUCCCGGUAUGGCAGCAUAAUUUUAUUUAACCAAUUCUUUCCUCCUCAGUUCAGCUGUUUCCCUCUGAGUUUUUCUCCUUGGCGUUGAGUAGGUUGGUGUAAAAAAUAGCUAGUUUUAUGAAAACAAUUUUGCAUAGCAUGGUAAUACAUCUAUUCCAUUUAUUAUCUGGCCUCGCCUUUUGCAACCCACCAUGUAGACUCAUAUAUCUAAUAAUCAUGUGCUUUCACCUA